ACCGGACGUGACGUCAAAAACGAAGAGUUUUUCUUUAUAAUUGUCAAAUUACCACUGCCCGUAUUGUAGGAUUAAUUUCAUUUAUCACUGUUGAUUUCAGUUUUUUUUUGGUUUGUUUUAAUAGGUUUUUUUUUUAGCAUCUCGAGCGCGCGUGACGGAACCGGACGUGACGUACUCACCGGUCAGUGGUCGAUGCUAGCUGCCCCUCUACACAGGCUCCAAUUUGUCGUCUUUUUGAGGCAAACAUUCAGGCCUUUUUUCAUCGAGGGGCAAACAUUCAGUCUUUUUCUUCAACGAAGCGACCGCAGGAAGGAGCAGGAUGUCCACGGCGCUGGAGAGCUACAUUAACCGUACGGUGGCCAUCGUGACGUCAGACGGCAGGAUGAUCGUGGGCACACUGAAGGGCUUCGACCAGACCAUCAAUUUGAUCCUGGACGAGAGUCACGAGCGCGUGUUCAGCUCGGGUCAGGGCGUGGAGCAAGUGGUUCUGGGACUUUACAUCGUCCGGGGAGACAACGUCGCCGUGAUCGGCGAGAUCGACGAGGAGACGGACUCCACGUUGGAUCUGGGGAACAUCCGAGCCGAGCCGCUCAACUCUGUCGUCCACUGAUCUUGAAUACCAUCACUUUUUGUUUUAUAUAUGUUAUAUAUAUAUAUAUAUGUUGAUGCACAUGUAAUGUUUGCGUUCAAUGGCUUAAUAAAGUUU